AUGCCUGUUCAGAGGCUACUCCGAAGGUCACCGCUCCAAUGCACCCAAUGUAGUGAGCGACAGAUGCAGUGCUCAAAGACUCGCCCUCAGUGCGACGGAUGCAGGCGUCAUCGCCUAUCCUGUCGUUACGGUAAUUCGGUUCCCUCGAAAAAACUCCGCCCACCCUCCGGUGUUCGAGCCUCCGAAGCCACCCCGUCCAAGGCAAAAGCUUCCUCUUCCUCCGACGACUCGUCCUCAUCCUCGUACUCCUCACCUUCUCCUCCCGCCCAACAAUAUCCUCCUUCUGCAGCCAGCCCCUCCACAUCCCAAUCCCCCGAGUCCAAUACCUCCGAGGUCGAUCAGGAUGACAAGAUCAGGGUCUUGGAGGCUCAAGCUGGCAAACCGUCCGAGGACCUGAACGCCGAAGAUCAACGCCUAUUAGACAACUGGUGCAACUCCACGGAACAAUCCCUCGCGCACGGCAAAAGCAAGGACCACCCAUGGCAGGCCAUCAUCCGGCGCGAGACAUCCCAGCACCCUGCUUUGAGGCAUAGCACGCUGGCUCUGUCCGCCAUAGAACUCGCAUCUACCAGUGAGGCUGGUACUCCGCAACGCCAGCGUCACUUGCAGGCGGCCGAAACUCACUACACACAAGCCACGGAGAAGCUACCGAACAUCCUAGAAACUCCUACAGCAUCCGGGCCCAACGCAGCAUUCUCCACUGCAAGUAUUCUUUUCAUGUGCGACCUUGCGUCCUCUGCGCUGGCCGGAGAGGGCUCUAGGUCCGUUCUCCCGUCGCCCAACAACCAGACACCCACCUCUCAAGAGAGUCAUGACACGUCACAUUCCUCCUGUCCUUCCCUGCAGAAGCUCCUCGACCUCUUCGACACCAUUAGAGCCUUACUCCCCAGUCCCGAAACCCUAAAUAAAGUCGAAACCGGCGCCCUCAAAGACCUUUUCACCCAGGGAGACCCCUACCACCAACUGCCCAGCACCUACACCCUCACCAUCCUCUCCAUGAAGAACCUGAACGCGCUCAGCGCGAAAAGGGUCCCCGCGCACGAGACGGCCGUCUACAACGACACCAUCGCAAACCUGGACAACUCGCUCGAAAUGCUCACAAAAGGCGGCGAUCCGACGACCAUCGCCCUGCGCUGGAUGUUCCGCAUCCCCAGUCGCUAUCUGGACCUCGUCCGGGAGGAACAACCCCUGGCGCUCAUCAUCUUCGCCCAUUACUGCGCGGUGUUGCACCACCUGCGCGACCGCUGGUGGAUGGGUGACUUGGGGGCGCGGUUGUUGAAGGAGAUCUGUCGGCUUCUUGGGCCGGAGCGGAUGGGCUCGAUUUUAUGGGCCACGGAUAUUGUAGGCAUCCAGACGUAA